AUGGCUUUUUGUCCGGAAAAAAUGUCGUCAUCCCUUGCAGAGGACAGAUCGCUGAACGCUAACAAGGCGGACGAAUUCCUCCUGCGUUUUCUCCGCUUCGACCGCCUGGAUCCCAAGCGCGCCUUCCGGACACUCAAGCUUUACUACGUGAACCGGCACAAGGAGCGGGACCUGUUCAGGAACCUGCUUCCUUCUCAGCUGGGACACGUCUUCUUGAGGAACCUCAUGGUCCUGCUCCCUGAGAGGGACCCCGGCGAACGCUUGGUGCUGGUCUUGCGCCCGGGCUCCUGGAAUCCGUCCCAGGUGCCAUUUCUGGACGUUGCCCGUGCUCUGCUGCUCUGCUUCGAGUACACCAUGCGCAGGAGAUCGGCCCAGCUGCGGGGGCUGUGCAUGAUCUUCGACAUGGACGGCUGGAGCUACAACCACAUGACCAACGUACCGGCCAGCCGCAUCAAGGCCCUCUCACGAUUACUGGCCGGCUACCCUAUCAAGAAUCGGCGCUGGGACAUUGUGAAGCAAUCCUACAUCUUCAACGUUUUCUUCAAAAUAUUCACACCAUUCCUGGACUCCACGGCUCUCUCAAAGAUCCACUUUCAUGGAUGGGACCUGCACAAGCUGCAUCACCGCUUUCCCGAAGAGAUGCUGCCAGAGGAGCUUGGAGGCACCAGAGGUCCCCUCAGUUCCGCGGAGUUCUACGAGCGCCUCAGGGCAAUGGAAGCGUCCUUUGCCGAGGAAUCUCGAUACGGCAUCGCCACGGAGGAGUAG